UCAUGUUCAGUUGCGAUUGCGAGGGUGAAACCACCGGUAUCCGGGUACUCCAGCACGUUGUGAAGCCGCUAGUUAACAGGCAGCUGCUACGCUGGUUAAAAAAAGUCACAUUAUUUCAAAGCAACGUUUUCAUUUUAAUAGUUUGAUCAGUUGAGAUUUCCAGUUGACCAAAGAAAUGGUGAUGGAGAAGCCAAGUGCCCAGCUGGUCGGGCGAGAGUUUGUCCGACAGUAUUACACACUCCUGAACCAGGCCCCCGACUACCUGCACAGGUUUUACGGAAAGAACUCCUCCUAUGUGCAUGGUGGCCUGGACAGCAACGGCAAACCAGUAGAGGCGGUUUAUGGACAAUCUGAGAUCCAUAAAAGAGUGAUGGCUUUGAGUUUCCGAGACUGCCACACUAAGAUCAGACAUGUGGACGCUCACGCUACUCUGAACGAAGGCGUGGUGGUGCAGGUGAUGGGCGAGCUGUCUAAUAACAUGCAGCCCAUGAGGAAGUUCAUGCAGACCUUCGUUCUGGCACCAGAGGGUACGGUGGCAAAUAAAUUCUACGUCCACAACGACGUGUUUCGUUACCAAGACGAGGUGUUUGGUGACUCUGACUCUGAGCCUCCAGAAGAGUCUGAGGAUGAGGAACCGGAGAGGGUCCCCUCACCUGACAUCGCCCCCGAAGACUCCGCCCCCUUCUACGACCCAACCCCUUGUUCAGACCCAGUGGCUCAAGGUGAUGAGGAGGAAGCAGCUGCUGUGAGUCCAGAACCAGAACAGGAGACUGAGAAGGAGGUUGAGGCUGUUGAAGAGGAGCUCACGGCUGAUGUGAUGCAGGAGACUCGGACAGAAACGCACACAGCUGAUGAUCAGACAGAGAAAAGCUCCACCACCCCAGUCCCUCCAACUACAGAACCUUCCUCUGCACCUGCAGAACCUGCCCCCGCUGCCCCAGAAGAGAACAGGCCUUUCUCCUGGGCAUCGGUCACCAGUAAGAACCUCCCUCCCAGUGGGGCUGUCCCAGUCUCAGGAAUCCCUCCUCACGUUAAAGUCGCUCCCACCGCUCAGCCACGUGUGGAAACAAAGUCUGAGUCACAGACAACAACACAGAGACCGCAGAGGGACCAGAGACCAAGAGAACAGAGACCUGGAGGUCCUCCGCUAGCCCACAGAGGGCCCAGACCAGCUCGAGAGGGCGAGCAAGGCGAGUCGGAGGUUCGAAGGGUGGUCCGGUACCCAGAUGCUCAUCAGCUUUUUGUGGGCAAUGUUCCUCAUGAUGUGGACAAGUCUGAACUAAAAGAGUUCUUUGAGCAGUAUGGGACAGUCCUGGAGCUGCGGAUCAACAGUGGAGGGAAGCUACCAAACUUUGGCUUUGUGGUGUUUGAUGACUCUGAACCUGUACAGAAGAUUCUCGGCCUUCGGCCCAUCAAGUUUAGAGGUGAUGUCCGUCUGAAUGUGGAGGAGAAGAAGACCCGGUCGGCCAGGGAGGGCGACAGACGAGACGUGAGGCCCCGUGGUCCGGGUGGCCCUGGCGGUCCAAGAGAGCGAGUAGGAGGUGGUGGAGGACCCAGGGGUCCUGCUCGGGGUGGAAUGGCACAGAAACCCAGCUUUGGCUCUGGACGGGGUGCCGGGCCCACCGAGGGUCGCUAUUCUGCUCCACGUCAGUGAUUUAGCUGGCUCCAAACCUGAGUUAGAUUACUGCCUGGAUUUAAUCUUUACUGGUUCAUUUUCUGAAACUGAUUGGUUAAAACCAAAUUGGAAAAACAAAGUAGAGCAGAGUCAGUCUGUUGGAGUAAUUGAUCUUGUAUCCAGAUUUUGGUUGCUGCUCAUCCAGGGCUUGACUUCUGACUCUUUUCCUUCUCAUUCUGCCUCCUGAAUGCUGAAGUGUAUCAAAGGAGUUUCUGGGUAAUCCACGCAGGUUUGGUCCAGCAUUCAAUGUCAAGUCAACAGCAGCCAGAAUAAACAGUCAUCCAUAGCUGCUUCCCCCUCACCAACCCCACCACCACUACCAUUAUCGAUCGGAGCAUCGUGAGCAGAGCCGCAUCCUCUGGCACCUCAGUCACACAACUUCAUUUUCCUUGCAGUGCAGGUAAACUGCUGAGAGACUCGUUAGGAGUGAAGAGUGAUGGUUCACAUGACAAUUUACAUUCAAACCCACGGAGUUCUGCAGGAUGUGGGUCAGCUUGCUCUGUUUUUAAAAUCCCCCUUCUGGGUGUCUGAGUGCUGAUCUGGCUUCAAUACAACGUGCUCACUCAGAUCCAGCUAAAGAAGAAAGAAAACGAGACUCGAUAAUGACUUCCUCAGUUUUUCACCUGAUGCAGUGUUGCUUCAGAACAAUGCAGGCGGCUGCUCCGGCUCUCAUUUAUCUCUUUUUAGGAUGACUCUGAAUCCAAGACAUUACCAGCUCCUCAGUCAGAUCACCGACAGACUUUUUCAUUGGUUUUACUUGUUUUACCUGGACAUUAGUCAAUUUUUGUCUUGUUUUUCAUGCUUAACUUGAAAUUAUUAACAAACCAUAACACACAAACAUGAAAAAAGGGUAAAUACUACUUGAAAUGGGGAAUAAAACCCGCAGUAUUUUUGUUUUUUAGUUUUUUCGCGUUCUCUCCCUGUUUCUUAAAGGAACGUGUACUUUACUGUUUGGGCAAUCCUGUGUAUUGCUGCCACCAUUGUACCUAGCGAUGGAUCGGUCUUAUCUUUUUAUUCUAUCAGGUCAAGAGCUGAAACGUAGAAGUUUUAUUUGAGUGUUAAAUGUUGGGUUGCGUUAGUUGGAUUCGGACGUGUCUGAGUGGAGCAUGUAUCCAAACCUGUUAGGCUUCUACUACCAAUGCACUUCAUCUGUCAUGUUAAAAUAAGCUCACAUGCCGACAAGAGAACUAAAUUAAAAAAACAAGUUACUGUUUUAA